CCAUGGUGACGGCUGCAGAAGAAUGAAGAGGAAAAGGACGUUGCGUCGCGCGCGACGAGAAGGCGAGCAGCGCAUUUACACGCCGUAUUCAGAACGUCUGCACUCUCCACUCGUUCGCCUCUGCAGCGCUUUACGCUUCGACACCUAUUCCGUUUUACCAGCGCAAAACCGAGCCAUGUCUUCGACGUCACAGAAGCACCGGAACUUUGUCUCCGAGCCCAUGGGGGAGAAGGACGUGACGGACCUUGCCGGUAUUGGCGACGUCCUCGGCAAGCGGCUGAAAAACAAAGCGUUUGAUAAGGCCUAUGUCGUCCUUGGGCAGUUCUUGGUGAUGAAGAAGAACAAGCAAAUGUUUGAAAGCUGGUUGAAAAGUACCUGCGAUGCCAACAGCAAGCAAGCGGGAGACUGCUACCAGUGCUUGCACGACUGGUGCCAGGAGUUCUUGUAAACUUUUACCCACUCGGGCACUGUCCUCACUGUAAAGCUAAUGCCCCGUUCACACCGCA